AUGCUCGCACGCGCCGCGGCGGUCGCGGCGGCGCUGUCGCUGGCCGCGGAUGGCCUGGCCUUGCAGGCCCAGCAGCCAGAGCUCGCUCAGGCGGGCGGCGACCUGGCGGGGGCGCAGGAGGCGCAGGGGGAGUGGCCCUGGGGCCGCCGCGCGAAGAGGCCGGCGGAGGAGCAGCAGGCGCCCGCGCCCGCGCAGAACCGCGUGGCCGUGCUGGUCUCGGGCUCCGUCGAGCGCCUGCUGCUCGCGCCGCUCCUCCAGAACGUCGUGCGCCCCAACGCCCUGCAGGGCCUCCAGGUGGACUUGUUCUUCAGGCUGACGGCGCCCACGAAGUUCACGAAAUCCGCCCUCAGCAAGCUCUCUGGGAGCAGCGACCCGAAGAUCGCGACCUUGCUUCAGACCGCGGACGAGACGAGCUUCAACUCCACGGUGAUGGACUUCAUCUGCACGUAUGCUGAGUCACAUCUCGCUGCCAGCUGCCAGUGGGACCUCGAGACGAGCGACCCGCUGUCCUUGCCCCCCGACCUGACCCACCGCCAGAUCAUGACUCAAACCAGCCCGCUCGACACCCCUGUGGGCAAGGAGGCCAUCACCAGGUGA